UAUCGAUUUUUGUUGAGUGAAGUCAGUGAAGUGAUCGUAGUGUUCGUGUCCUUUAAUUCCUUUAUUUUAGUGACGUUUUUAGAAAAAUAUCUGUGAAUGGGAUUGUGUAACAAGAUAAAACGUUUAUUUGGUGUGUGAUUUUCCAUUAAGGAUGACGAAGGACAGGUUAGCGGCGCUUCAAGCGGCGCAAAGCGACGAUGACGACGUCGGGCCCGACGACGUCAACGUCGCGGUUGAAGAGAGCCCCAUGACCGAAUUCUUCGGUGAGGUGGAAGAGAUACGGGAGAUGAUAGACAAGAUUCAAGCAAACGUGGAGGAGGUGAAGAAGAAGCACAGCGCCAUCCUAUCAGCACCGCAAUCAGAUGAAAAAACAAAGAACGAAUUAGAAGAUCUCAUGGCUGAUAUUAAGAAAACUGCCAACAAAGUCAGAGGAAAGUUAAAACACAUAGAGCAGAACAUCGAGCAGGAGGAGCACUCUAACAAAUCAUCGGCGGAUCUCAGGAUAAGAAAGACACAGCACUCGACCCUGUCUCGCAAAUUCGUUGAAGUGAUGACCGAGUACAACCGCACGCAGACGGACUACCGGGACCGCUGCAAAAACCGGAUACUGCGGCAGCUGGAGAUCACCGGCCGGAACACCACGGAUGAGGAGCUGGAGACUAUGCUGGAGCAGGACAACCCCGCAGUCUUCACGCAAGGGAUAAUAAUGGAGACGCAGCAGGCCAAGCAGACGCUGGCCGACAUCGAGGCGCGGCACGCCGACAUCAUCAAGCUGGAGACCUCCAUCCGCGAGCUGCACGACAUGUUCAUGGACAUGGCGAUGCUUGUCGAGAGCCAGGGAGAGAUGAUCGACCGCAUUGAGUAUCAUGUAGAGCACGCUGUGGACUAUGUCCAAACUGCCACCCAAGACACAAAGAAGGCCCUAAAAUAUCAGAGCAAAGCUCGACGGGAUCGCCAUGCAAAGAAUCAUCGUCGCGUGCGUCGGCGCCUGCGACCCGCCCGCCUGUCGCUGCUUCGCGGCGCUCGUCAGUAACCAUCGUAACGUUUCAUUUGUUGCCACUAGUAACGUUCAAAUGUAUUCUUAUCUAUAAACACAUGUUAGUAAUCAGCAAAUCAAUGUGGCUUCAAACACUUGUGACAAUGCUACGCGAUGCGACUUUUGGCUCCAAUGUCAAACCAACAGCCAUAUUUAUUUACAUCCCCAGUUGCCCAAACGUUUAUAAUGCGAAUGUUUCAGAAUACGCAAAAAUAUAAAGUUGAAGCACGGAACAUAAUCAAGCACUUUAUUGGAAUGUUUGUGUAACGGGGCAAUAGUUAUAAUGUAUAAUUAACAGUUAAUCCACAACUUGCAUAAAUUCUUUACAUGUAUAACUUAUAUUGGUACCCAAAAUAGGAUUUGACUGGACAUGUUAGGAUUUAAGAAACAACACACAGUGAUUCUGUAUCCCACUAGUACUGUGAUUGUCAGAGGCUAUUUUGUGUGCAUACUGAAUCGUUCAUAAAAUGCAUUUAAAUUAGGAAGGUUACUCCACUUGAAUAUAGUUAUAACGUGUACUUAUAGUUCAUAACAUUAUCAGAAAAAAAAUGUUUAGGCAGUCUAUUUUUGAAUGUCCACUGCAGGCUUCAUGUUAAAAGAAUUAUAAAAAAUUAACACCAUCCUGUGGAAUUAGAAAAGUUAAGUUUAAAACGUUGGCUAACUUGAAGCUUAAAAGCUUCAAUUACGUUUUUCGUAAACUUGCCAUGAUAUGAUAUUUAUAAUUUAAUAUCAUACUCGU